AUGUGUUCUGCCAAAGGAAAUAGGAGUGUCACCGUUUAUAUCACGUCGUACGACUUCUUCUUGGCUGUUGUCGUCAAUGUUGGUCUUUACAUUCCAUCCACCUGUUAUUGGGGUUGUUCCAACUACAGAAGGUGGGGUGGGUUUGAUUCUCUUGGAGUUUUUGGUGGCCUUACCAACAGAUCUGCAGUGUAUGGUUGGCUUUGGGAUGGGUCUUCUGACAAACCUCUUGACUCCAGCAUGGGGAGUGAAGUUUAUGUGAAGGUUGUGAAGUUUCAGACGCCUGAUGUUGUGACAGUGUGCAAAGGUGGUAACUGGAAAGUAUCGGAAUUGAGAGAGCGCGAGGGUUGUGAGGUUUGGUGA